UAGCAGAACCACAAGGCCAAACAACAACAACAACUACAAGCAAAAACACACUUUCUAAGAAACUCCAGAAACAUCCACUAACACACUAAUACUAUGGCUAAAAACGUGGAAGGAGCCGAUGGAUUUCAGACGAGGGACUACCAAGAUCCACCGCCUACUCCGUUUUUCGACGCGGAGGAGCUUACCAAGUGGUCUUUGUACCGAGCCGUCAUCGCCGAGUUCGUAGCUACUCUCCUCUUCUUGUACGUCACUGUUUUGACUGUCAUCGGCUACAACAUUCAGUCUGACACAACCGCCGGUGGAGUUGAGUGCGGUGGUGUCGGAAUCCUCGGCAUCGCAUGGGCUUUUGGUGGCAUGAUCUUCAUUCUUGUCUACUGCACCGCCGGUAUCUCAGGUGGUCACAUAAACCCGGCGGUGACGUUCGGCUUGUUCUUGGCCCGGAAGGUGUCGCUGGUUAGGGCGGUUCUUUACAUGGUGGCUCAGUGUUUGGGUGCUAUUUGUGGAGUUGGGUUCGUUAAGGCUUUUCAAAGCGCUUACUACGUUAAUUACGGCGGAGGAGCCAACACUCUAGCCGCCGGCUACAGCACAGGCACCGGACUAGCCGCAGAGAUCAUCGGAACAUUCGUGCUCGUGUACACUGUCUUCUCUGCCACUGACCCCAAACGCAACGCUAGAGACUCCCACGUUCCCGUGUUGGCGCCACUUCCAAUUGGGUUUGCGGUGUUUAUGGUACACUUGGCCACUAUUCCAAUCACCGGAACUGGUAUUAACCCGGCCAGGAGUUUCGGAGCCGCUGUAAUCUUCAACGAGAGCAAGCCAUGGGAUGACCAUUGGAUAUUUUGGGUUGGACCAUUCAUUGGAGCUGCGAUUGCUGCAUUCUAUCACCAAUUCGUUCUAAGGGCAUCAGGUUCCAAGUCCCUCGGUUCCUUCAGAAGUGCAGCCAACGUUUGAACAAACACAAGAAAAUGUGUCAUUAUUAUUUAUAUAGAAAUCAGGAUCAUGUCUUCUUCUUAACUUGUAUCAUUUGCUAUUCUGGUUUUCAAUACUUCAUUUGUGUGAUCCCUUAGUAAUCGAGUGAAAUGUUUUCAUCUUGGCAA